AUAUGUCGAAUGAAGAUCGGAUAAGAUUUAUAUUGUCAGAUUUGGGCAAAGCAACAUUAAGAGGAGUAAAAAAAUGUCCAAAAUGCGGAACAUUAACCGGAUCAAGAGGAUUGUCUUGUAAAAAUAAAUACUGUGAUGUUAUUUUCAAAGAAAGUGGAGACAGAUGUAAAUUAUCAACCAAGGCAUGUAAAUUAAUAACAAAUUCUCUGGCUCAAAUAUUUUCAAUAAGAAUCCGCGGCAAGGGUCCAGAUUACCGAGGAUUCGUCCAGUUGCCGGUUGUCAAUGCGACAGUACAAAAUGACAUGACGACAGUCAUCACCAAGACCUCGUCGCUGUGCUUCGUCGAGAGCUGUCAAAAGAGCUUUGACACCGGAGUGCUCCAGUGUCACGAAGAAGACAAGGAUGCUGAUAAGAAUGAAGCUUCUUCAACGUGUCAGCAUAUCCAGGCUGCCUACAAGUGCUACGCGGAAGCGCAGCCAUUGCCGCUGAAAAAUUCUUUAUUGUCGACGCUGAAUGUUAGCUGCGAGAUGAAGAAAAAAAUCUGGUGCCUGGCUACUGAAUCAAUUGGUCCACUAGUGCAGAGGAUAUCUAAAAAUAUAAUGGCUGUUAAGUGUAAGGCUUCGCCUAAACAUCCACUCGGUUAUUUGCACAUUAUUUUUUUUACUAUUAAAGUUAAAGAUAAAACGGAGUAUAAAUACACUUGCGAGUGUCCUGAUCCUAAUGACUUAAAAGCGAAUGACAAAAAUACGGAUAAAUCGACUUCAGAGUCUAAGACAAAAGAUAAAAGAUGCGUACAUUUUUACGCAAGUAUUUGUGCCUUCAAAAGUGACCCGAAAUUAUGUGAAGAGUUUGACUACUACAUAAAUCUGGACGAGAAUGAGCGCAGAGAGCAAAAACAGCGUGAGCAGGAAAUGAGGAAGCAAUUAGAAUUGCAGAAGAAGCAGCAGCUAAAUGAAACAAGUCUGCAACAAGAUGCUGAUAAAUUAAUUGAAAUAGAUUUUAUUAACAAUAUUUUAACAGAUUUUGGACCUCUGGAUGAUCACCAUUUACUUGUUCUGCAUGACGCAUUCAAUGAGUCCCAAGGGUUUGAUGAAAAGUUGGAUAUAGACAGUAUACCAAUUGAUCCAAAUAUACUUCAGAGUAGUAUUGGAGAGAUAAACAUCAACCAAGGCGAAUUGACAAACAGAUAUACGUCACCGAAUCAACGAGAACCGACGCCGUUUGUAAUCGAGUGGAUACCAGACCUAUUACCUGUAUCCAAAAUAGGAGAACUGAGGAUAAAAUUUGAAUUUGAUCAUAAAAAAAAA